AUGGGUGGGAGGCGGCUGAGGGGCGAGAGGCCGCUGGGAGUGAGGAGUCAGUCAGCUGAAACUGAGAUUGUGAUUGGCUGGAGGAACACGUGGACAGUGGCUCACUCGAUUCUGGUCUCUCCUCCUUCCAGGAUGGCUCGCUCUCUGUAUGAGUGGCUGUGGCAGCACGAGUUCUGGCUGCCCCCAGGAAUCACCUGGGAGGACAUGCAAGAGUCUGAAGACACUCAUUACCCUCAGCCUCGUGAUCUCCUGCUCAGUAUCCCUUUUGCUUUAAUCUUGGUAGUCAUUCGGUGUGCCUUUGAAAGAGCCAUAGCCCUGCCCCUCAGUACCAAAUUGGGUGUGAGAGACAAGCAGAGACCAAAAGCUCAGCCCAACCCCGUGCUGGAAACAUUCUAUAGUACACGCUGCAAGAACCCUAAAGAGGGUGAGCUCCUCAGUUUAGCCAAGCAAUGUGACCUGCCAGUGAGGAAGGUGGAGAAGUGGUUCCGGCACCGGAGGAACAUGGACCGGCCCAGCCUGUCCAAGAAGUUCAGCGAGGCCUGCUGGAGAUUUACAUUUUACAUCAUUUCUUUCUUCACUGGACUCGCUGUCCUGUAUGAUAAGCCUUGGCUUUGGGACCAUAGAGAGUGCUGGACAGGAUAUCCACAACAGCCUCUCCAACCCUCCCUGUUCUGGUACUACAUGCUGGAGCUCUCCUUCUACUGGUCACUGGUCUUCACCUUGCCCUUUGAUGUGAAGAGGAAGGAUUUCAAGGAGCAGAUAGUCCAUCAUGCUGCAACCAUCUUCCUGAUCAGUUUUUCAUACUGUGCCAACUACAUCCGCAUUGGGACACUGGUGAUGGUGAUUCAUGAUGCUUCUGAUUGCUUCCUAGAGCCAACUAAGAUAUUCAAUUACAUGAAGUGGAAAAGAACUUGUGACAGCCUCUUUAUGAUCUUCUCAGCUGUCUUCCUGAUCAGCCGCCUGGUCAUUUACCCCUACACAGUGCUUUAUAACACCUACUAUUACUCCAUGGAGAUAUUCCAGCCCUUCUUUGGAUACUACUUUGUGAAUGUUCUCCUGAUGAUUCUGCAGCUGCUCCAUGUCUUCUGGUCCUGCCUAAUUAUUCACAUGGUCUACAAGUUCAUCCUCCAGGGCACGAUGGAAAAGGACAUGAGAAGUGACACAGAAGAAAGUGACAAGGAUGAAGAAAGAGAUAAAAUUAGAGAAAAGGAGAAAAAUGGGAUCACGUGUUUCAGCAACGUCACAAGCAAUGGUUACAUCCAGAGGAACGGAUCUGAGCCCCUGGACAACAGAGCCCACCGUGCCAAUGGCCAUGCCAAGGAAAGAUAGCUGCUGUCCUGUGCUGCUGGCCUGGCCUCCAGCAACCCCAGGCCACCAUCUGUAGAAACAGUUUUGCUCACUGUGUAGAUAACCUGGAGUGCAAUUGCAGUAUUGUAGCUGAAUUCCUGCUUCCCAUAAACCAAAGUGUUUAUAGCCAGUGGAUAUUUGAAGGAAGUUUUUUGUCUUCCUUCAGUAAAAGCUUACUAUAGGUUGUAGCCUCAAAACAGAUAGCAAGGGAUCAAAGUGGUUUGACUUGUAUUAAGACUGUACCAUAAUUGUUGUCAAAUGUGUUAAUCUUGAAAAAUACUUUAAAAAUAAGACGGUGGGUAACUCUGGCAGUGUCAAGUUUUACCCACCUAAUGUUUGAUAGGAAUCUGUUUAGCCUGGAUCAGCCUCUGGAGGCCCUGGCCUAUUGCCAGUAAUUAUUAUGGCCGACGAGUAACAAAUCUUAUCACUGGGAUACCUCUUCUGAGAAAACAGGUGCCCUGUAUACACUCAAAAAAUUAAAACUGAGUAUAGUGAAAUGAAAGCUUUUGGAAAGGCAUAAGAUAAAACAUGCUCUUCUCAAAGGAAGUACUCUUUGUGCCAGUGACCAGUUUUGUAAUGUGUGGAUCUCAGUCCCUACUUACUGCCCCUAAGCUCCAAAGCCCAGGCUGGAGGAGUACCCACAAUCACAUUGGAAGAGCUGGGAGUACCACAAAUCACAUUGGAAGAGCUGGGAAGUCCAGACAGCUGUUUCUCAACACUUAGGAGUUGGACUCAAUGAUCCUUGUGGGUCCCUUCCAACACAUAAAAUUCUGUAAUUCUGUGAUAAUUGAAAGUUGGAAGCACAUGUUGUGUGUGCUGUGAUCUGAGCGUAUGGUCCCACCUCUCUGCAGGUGCUGUGCUCAGGAGGGAUAUUGAAAUGCUACAUCAUUUUGUACUACUGAAUGUAAAUGUUCUUUAUAAAUUACUUUUAAAGGUU